CAAGUUGCCCGCCUAAUAGACAUUAUAUUGUUCGACCUCCGCGUCUACAAUACGUCUCUGUUAAUAUAUAUUUAAUGUGAAACAAAAAAUACGAUUACAUUACUUGAUUUCUUAAUUAUAUUUUUUUUCUUUUAAUAAUUUAAAAGUUGUAGGCGUUUCGCUAUUGUGCAUGUGGUUUACAAACUGAAUAAUAAUGCGUAAGUUAUCCCACAAGUUAUUUCGUGUCUCCGAUGGACGAUGCUAGACUUUCGUGUUUAAUCCUUUUCUAUCUAGUCUACGUCACUUUCAGUAAUGUACACAACACACGCAUCACCAAUGUCGCGAUAAGGCUUCGAUAAAAAUGAUCUUAUCAUUCCACUUCGAUAACAACGCGAACGUAGAUGUAUAAAUGUGAUUUAAAAUAAUAAAUAAAAUAAAAUGCGCGCCAUCAAACUUUUGACGUUUUACUUUUUAAUUUGGAACCCGGUGCGGACGCAGGAGAUCACAGAGGAAUCCAGAUUAAUAAAAGUUUGUUCAUAUUGUACGUGCAGUGAAAUACCAGAAGUGGAUGGCACACAUUUGGUGCUAAAUAUAUUGUGUUCUGAAUUGGAUCGCAUAGAAAAUCUCGCUGAUUUGGAUAAAAUUCAAUGGCCGGAAAAUCCUAAUGGUUUGAAAAUAUCCGCGACUUUUGAGGGGAUGGGUCUAUCCACUCUAGGCAAAUUACCACCUAAUUCUCAAGUAGAGACGCUCAGAUUCACAAAUAAUGCUAUCAAAACAUAUUGGCCCGACCCAUUCAGCGAUGUUCCCAACCUGAAGAGAAUAUCGUUCACACAAAACGAACUCUCAGAGAUCACUCCCGACCUCUUUACGAAGAUAGAGAGCUUAGAAGAUUUAGAUUUGUCGUAUAAUAAAAUCGGAGACAUAAAUCCUCUAGAUUUUAAAUUUUUACACAACCUAAAGAAGUUGAAUUUGCAAAGUAAUCUUCUAAAGAAAAUACCAGUAGCUUCACUCGAACCUAUGACAGUGUUGGAAGACUUGGACCUCAGUAAAAAUGGAAUUCAGGAAGUGUUGCUCAGACGGGUGGAGAGUGUAACUUUGAAAGGAAUUAAAAGGUUAAAUUUAAAUAGCAACAGAAUACGAUCAAUACUUAAAGAAUCUUUUCCGGAUAACAACAGCAUAGAACUGUUGGAUUUAUCUAAUAAUAUAAUUGAGAUGGUCGAAGAGGAUGCGUUGUCCUCGUGCAUCAAUUUAAGAGAAUUGAACCUUGCGCAGAACAACAUAACGUUUCCUUUCGCUGUUCCGCCGACACUUCAGAUCGCUAUAUUGAAGAUAAACACCUUGUACCACUGGCUGAACUUCCCCGCCGGCAUCACCUACAUAGAUCUUUCUUAUAAUCGUUUAUCAGCUCUGUAUAAUGAGGAGACUGUUGAUUUUAAUAACCUUGAGAUUCUAAGUAUAGGCGGUAAUCAAUUACGAGAUUUUGAUAUACAAAGAAAACUUCCAAAGCUAUUCAGCUUAGAUAUAUCUUAUAAUCUGUUACAAGAAGUGCCUAAAUGUCUGAGCAGCGAAAUUCUCCCCAAUUUGGAAGAGUUGCGUUUAGAUGGCAACCCAAUGGAGAGCAUUUAUUUUAAGAAUAUAAUAGCCUUAAAGUAUUUAUAUAUGAACGAUCUGAUUAAACUGACAGUAGUAGAUGAUAAGGCAUUCAGUAAUGUUAUUGGCAGACGCGGUGACGACGAUGUUAAUUCAGAGAAGAGUUGUUUUUCUCUCUAUCUCUCUCAUAAUCCAUCCCUCAGUAACAUCCAAGAUGGAGCAUUCGACGGUACAAACGUUUGUUUGUUAGACAUAAGUCACAACAACCUUAGCGUACUGUCUCGUUCGGUGAUGUCUCCUCCGCCGACGGAGGGAGUUGAUCUCCAAUACAAUCCAUGGCGGUGUUCCUGCGAGAUGCAGUGGAUUGUUGACGACCUGCUGCCAGUGCUGUAUAGAGACAGCCCUCGGUUAUUAGAUGAGCUCAGAUGCGGUUCUCCACGAGCGCACGAGGGUCUUCGUCUUGUACAUUGGUACAACUGGACAGGACGCGCUUUGUGUGACCAGAGAGCGCUUGGAGGCUACGAGAUUGAAUCCUCAACGGAGCCGAGUAAAGUGACUAAUCUGACCCUCAUUUUGGGAGGGUGCGUCAUAGUUGCUCUCCUCAUAGCCAUUGCUUUGUUUGUGUACUUGGUGAAGAGUCGAAGAAGACACAGAAUAAGACAGGCCGCUCUCAAUCGCAAGAGACAAAGUUCAAGUGACGCUAAAAAUACCAACGGGCUACACAACGAAUUCGCAGCUCUGAAUAAAACAUGAAUCGCUUUAAUUGAUAUUAUUUUAUUAAAAAAAAUACAAAAACGGAGUUAUAGAAUGUCACUAUAUAUUUGUCUCUAAAAAUAUGCGCUUGUUAAAAAGGUGCAAAAUAAUCUCGAGUGAACAUUUUUGUAUUCAGAAGCAUGCAUAUUUCACAAUUUUAGUAUAUUCUAUGGACGGGAUACGUUGUGUAUUAUAUAAGUUAACCACUGUUUAAAGCAUCAUUUGUCAAAUUUAUGACAGUUAUCUAUAUAAAUAUAUAUGGCACAUGGCCUCGCUAGUCACAUACCCAUUUAUAGCAAUAGAAGUUUAAAACAAGUCAUCAGUAAAUGUAGUUGAGACUUAUUUAAAUAGGAGACGGUUGUUUGCUUUGUUUUUAUGGUAUUGCCUGUAUAAUAUUAUGUCUAAUAACAAAAAUUUAAUAUUAAAAUUAAAACUAAAAUAAAGGGCAGCUCCUUCGUUACUCUUCUUCAUUGCAUGAACAAAACGAGAGCGUAUUGAAGUUAAUGUUACUCAAACUUUUAUUUAAUAAAAAAAUAUAUUUAUA